AUGGCCACGAAAUUGUUUUUAGCUACAGUAGCUUUGUAUUUUAAUUUGGCGUUAGCUGGAAAAAACGAUAUAUUCUCGAGCUACAAAGUUCAUGGCAUCAAGCUGCGUGAACAAUCUGAUCUAAAAAUUUUGGCCGAACUCAGUUCAAAAUUAAAUCUAGACUUUUGGUCGCAUGGCAUUCCCGGUGUACGCGAUGCCAUAGUAAUGGUUUCACAAGAAAACGAGCUUAAGCUCCUCGACAAUUUGGACGACAAUCGCAUCGAGCAUUAUCUUUAUCUAGCUGACAUUGUUAAAGCGUUUGACGAACAUGACGAGGAAAUUUCCAAUUGGCGAAGAAAAAGACAAGGAAAAAUGAUACCAUUCGAAGACUAUCCCAGAUAUUCCGAGGUAAACGAAUACAUGGAACUACUCGCUACACAGUAUCCAGACAUCGUCACAUUGGUGAAUGCUGGACCAAGUUUUGAGGGACGUGAUAUUAAAUAUUUGAAGAUCUCCACCACAAACUUUACUGAUCCCAGUAAGCCGAUCUACUUCAUGGACGCUGCAAUGCACGCUAGGGAGUGGGUGACCACUCCCGUCACUUUGUACACCAUGCAUAGACUGGUUGAAAAUCUUAAGGAAGACGAUCGAGAUCUUUUGGAACAAGUUGAUUGGAUCAUAUUGCCCAUCACUAAUCCUGAUGGCUACGAAUUUACACACACUGAUAAUCGUUUGUGGAGACGGACACGUUCUUUCAGACCAGAAAUCAGUACAUCAUGCUAUGGAGUAGACGCCAACCGGAAUUUCAAUAUAUCAUUUAAUACCAUAGGCGUCUCCAGUAACCCAUGCUCCGACACCUAUCCUGGACCUUCACCAUUUUCUGAAGUCGAGGCCCUCUACAUCAGGGACAUAGCUUUUGAACACCUCGACCGUAUACAGCUAUAUCUCAACAUUCAUAGUUAUGGAAAUUUUAUCCUCUUCGGCUACGAUGACCUCACAUUUCCGCCUAAUGUGGUACAGUUGCAUUAUGUGGGUGCUGUGAUGGGAGCGGCUAUUGAUACUGUAAAGCUUUCUAGCUCCCCCCAUUACCUAGUUGGGAACAGUGCCCUUCUCCUGUAUCCAGUGUCAGGCAGUGCUCAGGACUAUUUACAGUACGUCGGAGUACCAUUCUCUUACACCAUUGAGCUUCCUGAAUUUGGCGGUUACGACUUCAGGGUGCCACCUCAAUACAUCGAGCAGAUAAACAAAGAAACAUGGAAGGGAAUUGCAGCAUCCGCUCGCGCUUCAGUUUUAUUUUACCGUCAACGUUAUAAUUCCUCAUAA